GCGUCAUUGGUUUCUUGCGUUUGCGUUGCGUUGUUGUUGUUCUUGAUGUCGUGACCGAAAGUUGUUUUAUUUCUGAGUCUUGACUGAAAUUCUUGUCCGUUCUGAUACAAUUAAAUCAGAAAAAUGUUUUCUUUUAUUACAAAGAACAGAAAUGAUAUUAUUUAUUUAUCAUUGUUGCUGUUUUGUAUAGGAGUAGGGCCUCGUUACCGGGCUUUGAAAACGGUUCAGGCUAAGAAAUGGGCUGGCAGUAUUCUUGGUUUACUGCUCAUAAUUAUUGUUUCUGGGUACAGUGCUCUUCAUCCUAUUCUGUCCGCAUUUAUGGGAAUUAUCGCUAUAAAAGUGGCGACUGUUAGAUACUGCCAUGUAGUGACUUUCUUUUUGAUGUUUGGAUAUCUAUUCUUCUUUCGGCUCGCUGAUAAAUUCGGCUUUCCACUAUCUUCAGGACAAACAAACCUCAUUGAAAUGAUAAUAGUUCUCCGAGUAGUAGGAGUCGCAUUUGAAAUUAAUGGCUCCUGGCUAGCUGUAGGAAAAGCUAAAAAGAAUGAAAACAAAGAAGAGAAUAAAGAAGAAAAAGUUAAAGAUGACGACUUUCUUGAGAUUAUUAAUCCUGAUUUCCAAGAUUUAUUCCACUACUCUUUCAAUUAUAUUGGACUUCUUACAGGCCCCUACUACAGAUACCGGACUUUUGACGACUACUUCCAUCUACCUUAUAGCAAGUACGUUGAUUGUUUUGGCUUUACCAUCAACACCAUGAGAAUGGUUCCUCUCUAUGUGUCACUGUACUUGGCUUUAUCUAACGUUUGGCCCCUAGAGUACAUUUUAACAGAAGACCAUAAUAAUAGAAACUUUGUGUACCGAAUGCUGUACCCAUGGGCGUUGUUCGCGGCGUUUCGUCAGCGCAUAUACUCUGGGAUGACUUUGGCUGAGAGUGUGUGCACUUCGGCUGGCUUGGGAGCUUAUCCUGUACAGGGCAAGAAUAGGACAGGCCAUGGACCUACCAUUGGCUAUUUAAAGUUGAAGCAGAUGUCGGAGGAAGAAGCAAAGAAUUGUCAAUAUGAUUUCAACACAGUCGAGUCAAUGGAUGUGUGGGGAUGUGAGACAGUGGUCACUUUGCGAGAUUCUAUGAAAGUAUGGAACAAGGCUGUGCAAUACUGGGUAGCCAUGGUGGUGUACAAGAGAUUCCCUGUGAAGCCUUUGAAGAUCCAUGCAGCAUUGUUCGUGUCUGUGAUCUGGCAUGGAUACCACGCCGGUUACUUCUUCUGUAUUUAUUUCUGUCCAUUCUAUGUGAUGGCUGAAGACAUUUACUACAAGCUCUAUUAUAAAGAUGCUACAGGACAGAAAAAGAAAAUCCUCGGCUUCAUAAUGUGGUUCCUGCGUUCACAUUCGGAGUCGUACCAAGCCGCCGCAUUCCUUCUCCUCACAUUCGAUCGGAUUUGGAUAUACUAUUCAUCCGUAUACCACUAUUGGUACGGUGUUUGGCUCGCCUUCCUUCUAAUAGGAAUCAUUCUGAACAAGUUACAUAGAAGUAAAAGACCCAGUAAGGGUAACAAAGAAAUUGAAACAAAACAAAAUGUUGUAAGCAAUUAAUUUAAUAAUUUUAAUAUAGUACCUCAGAUCAUGGUUAGCUCAAUUCGAAUAUAAGUGUUAUUUCAUAGUUUAUAACAAUAUUUCUCAACAAAUGUACUGUACAACUGUUGUUAGGAACAAAACACGACGUUAAAUAUUCAUGCAUGUUGCAAGACUCGAUAUUUUAAUGACAUUCAUUUAUCUUUUGAGAUAACAUUCUUGGAACAUAUUGGUUAUAGUUGUGCUGUAAACAUAUUGAUAGCUCUGGGUUUUUCUAUACAGAAAUGUAUUUAUAUUAUUCAAAAUAUACAUAGUAAAAAUGUUUAUAUUUGCAUCGUGAUUCGUUCCUAAUUAAUGCAAUGCACGUAGUUGUUAUAAAAUAAUUAUGACUACGAACUUCGUAACAUUCUCAAGAUAGGUCUUUAUUACGGUACUAUUUUUGAAAUGUGUGUCUGAGUAUUUUUAUCGGACAAAACUGUAAAGAAAUUUAGUACCGCGCUGUUCAGGGACCUUUAGAUUUUAGAUAAACAACCCGUUCACUUAUUCGGCAUAGCAAGCACAGAUGUAUACAUAUAUACACUUUUGUUUGCUAAAGCGCUGCUAAACAAAACAAUAAAAAGUCUGAUUACGAUUUUUUUAUAUGAUUGCGUGAACGGGUUUCGGCCCCUCAUUUUGUACCGUACAAUGUACAGUUUCUAAAAGUAUUUUUAUUUGAGAUUAUUGGUGGGAAAAUAGAAUAUAUUUUAACGGAUUUUUAUAGCACUUGGUGCCUGGUAGAAUUUAUUUGGAACAAUAUUCUUAUAUAAUGGUAACUUAGUAAGUGUUAGUAGAUGUUGUCACGUCGCUCGCUUUGCGGUCCGACGAAGAUUCUGAAGACAGAGUUUCUGGAACAGUCCAUGGAAGUUUCCAGAAUAUACCUAAAGUCAAUUCCCUGUUGUGGACGGUCCUCGUGCAUUUUGACUUAAUAAUAAUAUUUAAUAUAAAUUUUUCGUGAAUUCUAGUAAUAGAUAAUUUAUUUCUUUAUGUAAUAUUUAUUGGAAUCAUUAUGGGUUUUAGGUUUAUAAUUAAAUUUAAUUAUGUGCUCUAUACAUUCCAUAGAUUUAAUUUUCAAUUGGUUUAAUUUCUAGUACAUUUUAAAUACUCGAAGACGAAUUCUUGUCGUAUAUUAUGGACUUGGACUUAUACAUGUAAAGGUUAUAAUAUUUUUUAAUCAAUAUAAAUAUACAACAUUGGAAAA